AUGACAGUAAGGAGUAUUCCUGGUACACCGGCUUCAAAAAUUGAAAGAACACCAAUUUCAACACCUGGAGGGUCAAGAGUCCGGGAAGAGAAAAUCGUUGUAACAGUAAGGGUGAGACCUUUAAACAAAAGGGAACAAUUGGCCAAAGACACUGUAUCCUGGGAAUGCAUUGAUGAUCAUUCAAUUGUAUAUAAACCACUCCCUCAAGAGCGUGUAGCUCAACCAGCUUCCUUUACAUUUGAUAAAGUCUUUGGCCCUGCAACAAUAACAGAAACUGUCUAUGAGAAAGGAGUGAAGACCGUUGCUUUAUCUGCUCUAAUGGGCAUCAAUGCAACCAUAUUUGCAUAUGGUCAAACAAGUAGUGGGAAGACCUAUACCAUGCGAGGAAUCACAGAAAAAGCUGUCAAUGAUAUUUACCAGCACAUAAUGCAUACUCCAGAAAGGGACUUCAGAAUAAAAAUAUCAGGCUUAGAGAUCUACAAUGAAAAUGUAAGGGACUUGCUGAAUUCGGAAUCUGGACGCAGUCUCAAGCUUUUAGAUGAUCCAGAGAAAGGAACAGUAGUUGAGAAGUUAGUGGAGGAAACAGCAACUGAUGAUCAACAUUUAAGAAAUUUAAUCAGCAUUUGUGAAGCUCAAAGACAAGUUGGUGAAACUGCUCUGAAUGAUACUAGUUCCAGAUCACACCAGAUAAUAAGACUGACAAUUGAAAGUACACUCCGGGAGACUUCAGACUGCGUGAGGUCCUUUGUCUCAAGCCUGAACUUUGUAGAUUUAGCUGGAAGUGAGAGAGCAUCACAGACAAAUGCUGAUGGUGCCAGGCUCAGGGAAGGCUGCCAUAUCAACCUUAGCUUGAUGACUCUAACAACUGUGAUUAGGAAGCUGAGUGUUGGAAAGCGAAGUGGUCAUAUACCAUACAGGGACUCUAAGCUCACUCGGAUACUACAACACUCGCUAGGUGGUAAUGCCCGUACUGCCAUCAUAUGCACUUUGAGCCCAGCUUCUAGCCAUGUCGAACAAUCCAGGAAUACUCUUUUCUUUGCUACCCGAGCAAAGGAAGUAACAAAUAAUGCCCAAGUUAACAUGGUUGUUUCAGACAAACAAUUGGUUAAGCAUUUGCAGAAGGAAGUUUCCAGGCUGGAAGCUGAGUUGCGGACUCCCGAUCCAUCAAAUGAAAAAGAUUCUAAAAUUCGUCAGAUGGAAAUGGAAAUCGAGGAAUUGAGGAGACAGAGAGAUCUUGCACAGUCAGAGGUCGAUGAGUUACGUCGUAAACUUCAAGAAGAACCAAAGAUAUUAAAGCCACAAGAAUCUCUAGUUCCAUUGGCAAAGAAAUGUCUCUCAUUCUCCGGGACAUUACCAUCAGUCCUUGAAGGCAAGGAACCAACCCGUUUUGAAAGAACAAGAAACACAACGGUUAGGCAGAGUAUGCGGCAAUCUUCAACUGCUCCAUUCACACUCAUGCACGAAAUUAGGAAACUCGAACACCUCCAGGAGCAACUUGGUGAAGAAGCAAAUCGAGCACUAGAAGUGCUCCAAAAGGAGGUAGCUUGUCAUAGACAAGGUAACCAAGAUGCUGCAGAAACCAUCGCUAAAUUGCAGGCGGAGAUACGGGACAUGUGUUCAGUCCGGCCAACACCAAAAGACGUUGAUGUUGAAAAUAUGGUCCCUGUUAACAAAAGCGUUAGUGCUAACCUCAAAGAAGAAAUAACCAGACUUCAUUCUCAAGGAAGCAACAUUGCGAACCUUGAAGAACAGCUGGAAAAUGUUCAAAAGUCGAUUGACAAAUUGAUAAUGUCACUUCCAAGUAACAAUGAUCAACAAGAUGAAGCACCAGUGAAGGCCAAAAACUCGAAGAAGAAAAAGUCUCCUUUGACUUCAAGCAAUGCUAUCAACAAGCCAAACUUUAUAAGAUCUCCAUGCUCGCCUUUGUCAUCUACUCGGCAAGUAUGUGAUACAGAAACUGAAAAUAGAGUCCCUGAAAAUGAUGAAACUGUCCCUAGUAACACACAGAAAGAAACUCCUUUAAAGGGUGAGGAAGGUGGAGAUGUGUCAUCAAAGGAAGGUACUCCACAUCGACGUUCAAGUUCUGUUAACAUGAGGAAGAUGCAGAAAAUGUUUCAAAAUGCAGCAGAAGAGAAUGUAAGAAGCAUUAGAACAUAUGUAACAGAGUUAAAAGAACGUGUAGCCAAGCUGCAAUACCAAAAGCAGCUACUUGUUUGUCAGGUGCUUGAGCUAGAAGCUAAUGAAGCAGCUGGAUAUGAUCUGGAGAAUGAUGAGAACACAGCAGAUAUAGCAGAGGAGUCCCCAGUUCCAUGGCAUGUAACAUUUAGGGAGCAAAGGCAGAAGAUAAUAGAGUUAUGGGAUGUUUGUUUUGUGUCGAUUAUCCAUAGAACCCAGUUCUAUAUGUUGUUUAAAGGAGACCCUGCUGAUGAAAUAUACAUGGAAGUUGAGCUUAGACGACUCAAUUGGCUACAACAACAUUUAGCUGAACAUGGCAAUGCAACCCCAUCCCGUGGUGCAGAAGAGCCCACAAUCUCCAUAUCAUCAAGUCUUAAAUCACUGAAGCGCGAACGUGAGUUCCUAGCAAAGCGGUUAACAACACGUUUAACAACCGAGGAGCGAGAAUUGUUGUACAUGAAAUGGGAUGUUCCAUUGGAGGGAAAGCAAAGAAGGAUUCAAUUCAUAAGCAAACUGUGGACCAAUCCUCAAGACUCUGCCCAUGUACAAGAAAGUGCUGAGAUUGUUGCAAAGCUGGUCGGUUUUCGUGAAGGUGGGAACUUGUCUAAAGAAAUGUUUGAGCUCAACUUUGUGCUUCCAUCUGAUAACAGACCUUGGAUCAUGGGAUGGAACCCGAUCUCUAACCUCCUUAAUUUGUGAGAGCCAAAGGCACAAAGUUAUUCUUUAUUUGCAAGUAAGAAUGCAUUCAUUCUUAAUUACUUUCUUUUGAAUGUACAUGAUGAAUCUUUACUGUUCUUCUUCUUCCUUCCAUUAUUUAUGGUCCGGAAAAUGC